GUCUUUGUCCUUCAGGGGCGUGUUCAACUGUAAAUUAUCCAAUCACCGUACACCGUACAGUCAGGAAGGAACAUGUGACGUAAGAGGCCAGGCAUCGUUCACCAUUCUGUGUGCGGACAGUCAAUAAACAGAUUCAGUAAAGUGUCAACAAACCUAAUAAUUUAACAUUUCGCAGCAUAUUCAGUAACAUUAUGGACUCCGCAUCGACGAUUGGGGAGUUCAUGCGCACCCUCACUGAGAUGGGCUUUCGUGAAGAUCAGAUACAGGCUGCAAUGCAAGCAGGAUUCUUCUCUGUUCUGGAAGCUGCUGAAUGGAUUCUGCAGGGAGGAAGUCCACGGCACAAACUGGUCAAGCAGUCUUCAGGGCCUCAAGAGACGGCAUUCUCUGCGUUUAACCCUCCUAAAGAUGCACGGCACACAAACAGCAGCUCACACUCUAAUGCAACGGGUCCUUCUUUGGUUUUGGGACCCCCGUCUUCGAACACUCCCGCAGCACAGGAACCACCGCCUCUGGAAACACGAAUCAAACACGAUAAAAAUUAUUUCCAUGAGCAACAGAGGCAGCGUGUGGCGCAAGAGGCUUGCGCAGAGAAGAGACAGAAGAAACAGGAGCGUGAGUUGGUAUUAAAGAGGAUCGCAGAAGACAGGCGCAGCCAGCAGAUGAAGGCCCAAUCCCAACCCACACCCGAGACAUCUUCAUCCAGCGGACAGGGUCAGAGACUUGGUGGGUCUGUGGAGACAAGCAAAGACAACCAUUGCAUCCUCAUGAUUCGUCUUCCCUCUGGGGAAUCAAUGCGCGAACGUUUCCCUGCAGACACGCCCCUAAGCCAAGUCGUCGAGUACAUCGCCGGUCGACAUCCUUCACUGCCCGCCUUCUCUCUCCUACAAGGAUUUCCUAGAAAGCGGUUCGGUGAAGCCGAACUUGCAUGUUCUCUACGGUCUCUGGGACUCACCCCCAACGCUGCACUUUGCAUACAGACCACGCCUCCCGAGACACCUCAGGAGCCGCCAAGUCCAGCUUCCCAAUUGCCCGUUGUAGAACAGGCAGUGGUGGAGCCACAAGAAGAACCUGUGAGACCACCUAUCGACCCACCCCAAGAGGAAGCACAGGAUGAAGAGGAACUGGUAGUGCCACCACCGUUGCCUCAUCAGCUAUGGGAGGAGGCAGUGGGGUAUGCUGGGAUUCCCGGGGUCGGACCUCCAUUUCCAGGACCUGCUCACUUUUGGGGACGAGGCCAGAAACUGGUACCAGGUGAUGUCGCAGAUGAAGAAGAACAUUUGGACAACGAGGAGCAACCAGAAGAUGAAGUUCUACCUCCUUAUCUCGAACUGCCGCCGUUGCCCUUGUUAAUGGACAACAGGGCCAGAGGAGGGCCAGAAGAGCCCAGACAUCACUGGCCUGAACAGGGUAAUAGACUCAGGGAGGCGGAGCCUGACGUCCCGGCAGACCCUGAGGAAGAGCGUGCAUUGCGCGGGGCGGCCGCAGUGGAGCGUUUACAGAGAGCCGCCCAUCACGAAGACCAGCAGUCACCGCAUGGACAGCCCUCACCCCCCAAAAAAUCCUUCAAGACCCCUCGCGUCUCUUCUCUCUGCUCCAUGGCGACCAGAGCAACCGUGGGUCUCAUGACAGCUCCCAGCAUGCAGUACAGCAGUAGCCUGGCGUGUCUGACACCAGAACUAGCCGAACUCUUGUUGAAUCACAUGGCAUGCGAGCGUCUCCUCCGUCCACGCACACUCGAGCUGUUCUUUGGCUGCCCGAUGCAGAAGUUUGUCCUAAAUUGCUAUCCGUACACAACUAAUGAGUUGUUACGACAACUGAGGGCCUUUUCCUGUCUGAAACAUCUCAGCUUAGUCAACUCUCCUCUCAUUACAGAUGCUGGUCUUUCUGUACUGUCCAACCUCUCAAAACUCCAACAUCUCAACCUGUCGUCCUGCAGCAAGCUAACAGACAGCUGUCUUCAGCAUAUUGCGGGGCUCCGCUGUCUGACGUACUUAUCUCUGAAUCAGACUAAAGUAAGCGAUGCAGGAAUGUUGAUGUAUCUACAGUCAGGUUCCUCUGUCCUUUGCCAGCUGAGUUUGAAUCAGACAGCCAUCACUAACAGCACGCUAACAGUUCUGCCCGCGUGUGUACCGCAGCUACGGAUGCUAAGCAUCAAACACACUAAGGUUAGUGAUGUGUCUGCGCUGGCAGAGCUUAGAAACCUGCAGACGCUUCACCUUGACAGCACAGGUGUGCAGGAGAAUUCUCUCCGGUGCCUAGCAACCCAUCCCAGCCUAUCAGCUCUCAGCUUGGCUGGCAUACCUGCCGCUGAUGGAAAUCACACGCUGGAAAUCAUUUCAGGACUGAGUCUUACCCAGUUGACCCUCCCUGGAAGACACUCGGUGACAGACAGUGGGCUUUUAUUUCUCUCCAAACAAACUUUACUCUUAGAGCUCGACCUGACAGACUACACUCAGCUCACAGACCACGGCAUUAUGAAGCUCGCCAACAUGACCAGGUUGAAGAAGCUGUCUCUUAGCAACACUCAGGUGAGUGAUGCUGGGCUGCAGGGAUUGGUCAAUCUAAAGGAACUGCAGGAACUGUGUCUCGAUCGUACUGCCGUCACCAGCAGAGGUGUUGCGAACCUCGUCACACAUUUACCACAUCUACAGGUGAUGGGUUUGGCUAGCACACAGGUUGGUGAUACGGUGAUCAGACGAGGUUUAGUACACUGUCCACAACUACUUAAACUCAACCUCAGCAAAACCAGAAUUACAGACCAAGGUCUCAAGUUCCUGUGUCGUAUGCACUUAAGUCAAGUGAAUUUGGAUGGUACCGGUGUGACUCUAGCUGGCAUUGCCAAUCUGAUCUCCGCCUGUCCUCAUCUGACUAGUGUCCGAGCGAGCCAUACCCGAGCCAUACCACCAGAUCAGCAGUCUGAUGAUGACGAUAUCGAUAAUGAUAACGGCGUCACUAAUGCAUCGCGAUCAUAGUCUUUUCACUUUAACAUCCUCUCCAGAUGAGAAACAUCUUUCAAUUGUUUUGUUUUUAUGAAGUAGCACUAAAAUCUCGCUUGAGUUCGACAAUCAACUUGAAAUGCUUUGUUGAAUGUUAUUACUAAAAACCAAGUUUGGCAAUUUUAAGGUUGCUACAGUAUGCACAGUUGUAUAUUUUUCUUCUGUAACAUUUAGCAUUUUUUUCAAGGUCGUUCAAGAAAUGUUGACCACUACAGUGAAAAUAAACAGACAUUGAGAAAGCGAAGCUUCAUAGCAGUUUAGUUUUUGCAUGACAAUAGCCAGUAUCUUUUGCAUGAGCAGUUUAAUUUUAUUUUGAAAUGUAUGAGAGUAAUAAUAGUUGAAUAAACGACACUUAGAUUUGAUGUAAAUAUAUUUUGGAUACAUGCAUCUGUUAGAUUGAUUUCAAAACUGGAAAGUCAUUUUGGACUUGUUUGCGAUUUAGAUCAGGGAUUACAAACCAAAGUGUGUGUUGUGCGCUUGGCACGUUACCGAAUCUAGCAGAAGAUUAAAUGUGUUUGCGUGCUCCAUUAGAAACGAUAUCUCCUACAUCUCUGUUCACGUUUGAUGUAUGUUUAGUAUUGUAGUUUACAUUGUUGUCAAUAGUUAUCAUUAACCAAGUCUACGUUUCCAUCCGAUUACAAAUAUCGGUCCUACUAAUAACAUUUUGUAUUUGAAGUAUUCGACUUUAAUGUUUGUUAAGCAGCUAAAAAUUCUGUCAUUAUUUACUUAGCCAUCAGUUUCUUUAUUCUGUUAUACACAAAAUAAGAUAUUGUUAAAAAGGUCAAUGGUUCUGUUAACUGUCUGUGUGCUUGGCAUUUAUUUAUCAAAAUAUCUUCUUUUGUGUCCAUUAGAAUAAAGAAACUCAUACAGGUUUAACAUGAGGAUGGGUAAAUGACAAAAUUUUCAUUUUUUGGGUGCACAGCCCCAAAUCUGGUGUUAAAAUGGUGCAUGGGAAACUAAACAAAGCAACAUAUCACACCAUUGGCAUUUGACUGUUUUUGUAACUCAAGCAAGCAUCAAAAGCUUGUGUUAUACAUUAAAGUUGUACCUUUAAACAUCUGAAUGCAAUAACGUUAAAAAAAAUAACUACUCAACCAUAUCUGCAUAAUAAAAUGUUUUGUCAAUAACAAAAUCUUCAGAUACGCACUACAAAAGGAUAUCCAAGUUUAUCCUUUAAAUUUUCAAGGCUUGCAGUCUUAAAAUAAAAACUUUGCUUCACGUGCAUGAACUUAAACUAAACCAAAAAAUUUCUUUUUUUAGUUUCUUUUCAUUUCACGAGCUCAAAUUCAUUUUAUUUUUCUGUUCUCUUUUGAUUGACGGCAUAUAUCGGCAUGACCGUUGGUUGACUUUAAUCAGCUGAUAGUGUGAAAAAUGCUUUUAUUGUGCGAUAUUGGUUGAUAUAUGGUGAAUCUGUAUUUAUUUUCCAUAUGUGCACUCCUGCAUAGUUAUUUGGCUAACAUUAACCCAUUAAAUGCAUUAAAUUAGUGUUUAAAAAAUGUUUGUUCUGUACACCUUGUAGGAACUUCAAAAUCUUCAACAAAUCUGCAAUUUAUUUUGUCACAGAAUGACAACCUUGUGUGUUUAUGUGUCAUGUAGUUUGAUGCAUGUUGUACGAUUCAUUCAGUCUGUUCAUGUACAGUUUAUUGUCUAGAAGGUGAGACUAUUUUUUUUAAUACAUUAAUAAAAUUACAUUUGACAAUG